AUGCCCGGGUUGACAGAAGAGGCGAAGGUGCCGUCCUUUGCUUCGGACGUGGUGUUGUCUCUCUCUUUCCCGGGCUGCUGCAGCAGCAGCAGCAGCAGCAGCAACUGCAGCAGCAGCAGCAGCAGCAGUGGUUACCCUUCUGUAUCUAUGUUUUCUCUGCUGCUGUUUGGGGCUGAAGGCCGUCUGGUUGCUCGCAGCAGCAGGCCGUUGCUGCACGCAUGCAGCAGCAGCUGUUCUGUAUGUUCUUCAAAAGACAACUUCUCCAGCGUCAAAUCCUCGCUGUCUGUACACCCCACAGCAGCAGCAGCAGCAGCAGCAGCAGCAGCAGCAGCAGCAACACCAUCAGCAGCAGCAGCGGUAGUAGCAGCAGUAGCAGCAGUAGCAGCAGCACGACCAGCAGCAGCAGCAGCACAAACAGCAGCAGCACAACGAGCAAGAGCAGCAGCAGCAACAGCAGCAACAGCACCACGACCAGCAGCAGCAGCACAACAAACACCAGCAGCAGCAGCAGCAGCAGCAACAGCAGCAACAGCAGCACAACCAGCAGCAGCAGCACAACUAACACCACCAGCAGCAACAGCAGCACAACCAGCAGCAGCACCACAACUAACAGCAGCAGCAGCACAAACAGCAGCAGCACAACGAGCAAGAGCAGCAGCAGCAACAGCAGCAACAGCAGCACGACCAGCAGCAGCAGCACAACAAACACCAGCAGCAGCAGCAGCAGCAGCAACAGCAACAGCCGCACAACCAGCAGCAGCAGCACAACUAACACCACCAGCAGCAACAGCAGCACAACCAGCAGCAGCAGCACAACUAACACCAAAACCAACAGCAGCAGCAGCAGCAGCAGCAGCAGCAGCAGCAGCAGCAGCAGCAGGCUGA